AUUUCAAACUCCCGCUCAGAUAGUUAUAGUACUGCGGACUGCAGUAUAGUAAUACUACUCAGUGGUCAGCACCGGGCCGGGUGACGCCGCAUACCUGUUUUGCAAUCCAAUCUCUUUCUCGCCGUCUCUGUGAACCAACCAGCAAACGGGAUCGUUUCUCAAGCAUAAUGGGGGCCAAUCACAGCCGUGAAGACCUGGAUCUCUCAGACUCCGACUCCGACUCCGAAUCACAAACCCCAGAAGCCCACCGAGAGGAAGACGAAGACAACUUCGAAGACGCUAAAACGCCAUCGUCCUUCGAGCCCAAAACCCCAUCCUCUUUGGAUCAUGUUGAAGCCAAGCUCAAAGCUCUCAAGCUCAAGUACAACAACAACUAUAGCAAGGAGUCCGACCCGACCCGUAAGAACGCCGUCAAACUCUUCAUCCACGUCGGCGGCAACACGUCUAAUUCCAAAUGGGCUGUAGCUGAAAAAUCUGCCACUUAUUGCUUUGUCAAAACCCACAGCGAAAAUGGCUCGGACGAAGAAGAGGAUGAAGAAUGCGAGGAGAAUUCCUGGUGGAUUUUGAAAAUUGGGUCAAAAAUCCGGGUCAAGAUUGAUCAGAAUUUGCAAUUGAAGGCGAUUAAGGAUCAGAGGCGGGUUGACUUUGUGGCUAAUGGGGUUUGGGCUGUGAAGUUUUAUAGUGAAGAAGAUUAUAACUCAUUUUUUGACAAAUUUCAAGACUAUUUGUUCGAGAAUACUUAUGGUUACGAAGCUAAUGAUGAGAAUAAGGUUAAGGUUUAUGGGAAGGAUUUUAUCGGUUGGGCAAAGCCUGAAAAAGCUGAUGAUUCGAUGUGGGAUGAUGCAGAAGAUAGUUUCUUUAAGACCCCUCAAUCAGCUUUGAAAACUCCAUUGAGGGAUGGAAAUGAUUUGACAGAGGAAUUUGAGGAGGCAGCUCCCAAUUGUGGGGCAAUUCAGAGUUUGGCAUUGGGUGCUUUGGAUAAUAGUUUCUUAGUAAGCGAUACGGGGGUUCAGGUCGUGAGGAAUUAUAGUCAUGGGAUUCAAGGAAAAGGGGUCUAUGUGAAUUUUGACAAUGGAAGGUCUAAUGGGAGCUUUUCAAAUGGUAUAGCUCAUUCAACCCCUAGGAAAGCUGUGCUAAUGAGAGCUGAAACUAAUAUGCUUCUCAUGAGUCCAAUGACUGAUGGUAAGCCUCAUACAAGAGGGUUACAUCAGUUGGAUAUUGAGACAGGAAAGAUUGUCACUGAGUGGAAGUUUGGGAAGGAUGGAACUGAUAUCACAAUGAGGGACAUUACUAAUGAUAGUAAAGGAGCUCAAAUGGAUCCCACUGGCUCUACUUUUUUGGGAUUGGACGAUAACAGAUUGUGUAGGUGGGAUAUGCGUGAUCGAAAUGGUAUGGUGCAGAAUCUUGCAAAUGAAAGUACACCUGUAUUGAACUGGGCUCAAGGGCAUCAGUUUUCGAGAGGGACUAAUUUUAACUGCUUUGCAAGUACUGGUGAUGGAUCAAUCGUGGUUGGAUCACUUGAUGGGAAGAUUAGACUGUACUCUAUCAAUUCUAUGAGGCAGGCGAAGACUGCAUUUCCAGGGCUUGGUUCUCCGAUUACUCAUGUGGACGUGACCUUUGACGGGAAGUGGAUAUUAGGGACAACUGACACCUAUUUGAUUCUCAUAUGCAGUCUAUUCACUGACAAGGAUGGGAAGACCAAGACCGGUUUCUCUGGUCGUAUGGGGAAUAGGAUCUCAGCUCCAAGAUUGUUAAAGCUCACUCCUUUGGAUUCACACAUGGCAGGAGUGAACAACAAAUUUCGCAAUGCUCAAUUCUCUUGGGUGACAGAGAACGGGAAGCAGGAGCGCCAUUUGGUUGCUACUGUUGGCAAGUUUAGUGUUAUAUGGAACUUCCAACAGGUUAAGGAUGGUUCUCAUGAAUGUUACCAAAAUCAAGUUGGCUUGAAGAGCUGCUACUGCUACAAGAUAGUUUUAAAGAAUGAUUCGAUUGUGGAUAGUCGCUUCAUGCAUGAGAAGUUUGCUGUUAGCGACUCCCCUGAAGCUCCGUUGGUGGUUGCAACCCCCUUGAAAGUCAGUUCAUUCAGCAUAUCCAGCCGGCGCUUGAACCUCUAAACAAAGCUCUUGUUUGGAUGUGUCCACAUUUAUUCAAUGUCUGUGUGUUCUCCUGAACGUCUCAGUAUCCUCUGCGUUGUUCUCACUAAGCACGCAACGCUGUUGCAGAAUUUCACCUUUCAUUUGUACUUUUCCUAAGUUUUAGUAAGAUCAUGUUGAAAGCGGUCUUCGAUGAAGGCAACCUUAUUGUUGUUGUAGAACUGGCAAAAGUAUUAGAUAGGAGUAUUUGAAAUUUAUGACCAUGUACUCUCUGAAUUUAAUUUGUAAGGAUAUAUUAUAAUUUCCGUUCUUAUUUUCACUUCUCCUGCAACCAAACUUCAGAUUCCUCUAUGAGGUGAAGAUAUUGCUAUUAUUUUCAAGCUUGAGUUCUAGUCUUAUUUUGUAAAACGUUAAAAGUUCGGAAUUCUGGUCUGAAAAUGAGCUUGGCAUAUACAAAUGUAUGGCUUCUAUCUGAAUUCUUGGAUGCGUGGUUUGAUAAUUCCAUUGUACACCAAGCCAAUGGUUUCAGUGAAAAAGGAUAAGUGGGGCCGUGCUAUCUUCUCUUUGUCAAGCAGUGAACUAUAUGCCCUAAAACUUUGGCCCCUUCCUGUUGUUAUCUGGGCCACAAAAUAGAAAGACAAAGAUGGAUAUUGCUUUGAGUAGAGGCUCCCAAAUUCUGGCAUUCAAUGCAUCUUCUUCCGUUUCUGCAAAGAGUUCACGAAGAAGUUCAUUAGCUAUUACUGAUACAAGCUGGCCUGCAAAAGGAGUAGGACCUUCUCUCAGUCACCUCCAAACUGUAGUAGUUCGAGCUGAGAAACGCCCCACGUGGCUCCCGGGGCUUGAACCUCCACCUUAUCUUGAUGGAACGUGAGCCCAUUUCUUGUUCUAUCUAUCCAAUAUUGGUAUAGAAUCCCUAGUCUGCAUGUGGUGUGUCUUUGUCCAUUUCCUGUAGUACAUAAUGCUGUUUUGCAGACUUGCUGGAGAUUUUGGGUUUGAUCCACUGGGGCUUGGGGAGGACCCCGAAAGCUUGAAGUGGUAUGUACAGGCAGAACUGGUUCAUUCUCGCUUUGCUAUGGCUGGAGUUGCCGGAAUUCUUGUAACUGAUGUACGUUAGUGAUACUGGACUGCAAACUCCGAAUCUCCACUCUUUGUUCUUUGUAUCUGGCACUUCAUUGCUUCACAAUUGCUUUGCUUUAUUAGCUUAGAUAUUCGAAUCUGUUUUUUAGUGUUAUUAAGUUUGAUCUACACUUGAUAGCAUUCACAAAUGUAUAAUACAAUCUUCCCAAUGAUGUUUUGAUCUGUUAGCGUUGGUGCUAGCUUUUGAAA